AAACCUGGGGGCCAAGAAACAAGUGCUCAGGGGUUCUGCUCCAAACUUAGUACCUACUGGUGCUCAGUGCUUGACUCACACUACCUCAACUUUAAGCCCAUUGCACAGAUGAGUGCAGUUUUUCACUCAGUUUUUCAAAGAGCCAAGACCAUUGACAGUGACUUAUCACCCCAACGCAGAGAUACAGCUGUGGGCUGAUGGGAGAGCUGGUUACAAUUUCUCCCACCCUCUCACCUUCUAUUGAUGAUUAAAAGAUAAAAGUCGGACAGCCCAGCUCGCCGCAGACACAUCCGCCAUCUGACAUCUGCGGGGUGGACAUCGUCCCAGACUGUGGCAGGAGCUGGCUGGCCGGAGAAUGAAUUGGAUUCUGUGCUUGAGCCUCACCCUCCUUCUGGUGGCGCAGACAGCCUGGGGUGCCUUGCACACCAAGGAGCCUCUAGUGGAUACCAAAUAUGGGACACUCAGAGGAAAGCAGAUACACGUGGGGAAGACACCCAUCAAUGUCUUCCUAGGAGUUCCCUUCUCCAAACCUCCUGUGGGUGCCCGCAGAUUCGCUGCCCCAGAGUCCCCAGAGCCCUGGGAAGGAAUCAGAGAUGCCACCACCUACGCCCCUGCGUGCCUCCAGGAGUCCUGGGGACAGGUCACCUCCAUGUAUUUCAACACACACAAACGAUAUAAAUGGCUACACUUCAGUGAGGACUGUCUAUACCUGAAUGUGCACGCGCCAGUGCGAGCGCGCGGAGACCCUCUGCAGCCCGUGAGUACUCAGCCUUCAACCACCCACCAUCCCACUCAAGCACCCCGCUGUCCCGCUCAGGACUCAGCCCUUCUCGCCCAGGUGAUGAUCUGGUUCCCAGGAGGCGCCUUCCUCGUGGGUUCCGCUUCCACUUAUGAUGGCUCCGAAUUGGCUGCCAGGGAGAAAGUGGUGGUCGUGGUUCUGCAGCACAGGCUCGGCAUCUUGGGCUUCCUCAGCACUGGGGACAGCCAAGCGCGCGGAAACUGGGCGCUGCUGGACCAGGUUGCGGCUCUGCGCUGGGUGCAGAAGAACAUCGAAGCCUUCGGCGGAGACCCAGGCUGCGUGACUUUGUUCGGCCAGUCAUCAGGGGCCAUGUGCAUCUCGGGACUGAUGACAUCACCCCUAGCCCGGGGUCUCUUCCAUCGGGCCAUUUCCCAGAGUGGCACCGCAGCACUCCAAAUCUUCAUCACUCCUGACCCACUGAAGGUGGCCAAGAUUGCCCAGCUGGCAGGCUGCAACCACAACAGCACAAAGAUUCUGGUAGACUGCCUGAGAACACUAUCAGGGGCUGAGGUGAUGCGUGUUUCCCAGAAGAUGAGAUUCUUCAAACUGCGCGGCCAGGAAGACCCUCAAGAGAUUGUGUGGUUCAUGAGCCCCGUGGUGGACGGUGUAGUGUUCCAGGACAACCCCAUUGUGGUCCUGAUUCAGGGGCAGGUUGCACCUGUGCCUUACCUUUUGGGUGUCAACAGUCUGGAGUUCAACUGGCUCUUGCCUUUUCUGGAAUCCUUCCUAAUGUUUGGGCCUGGCCUACACCUGGGCCCUUGCCUUGUGGAGCAGAUCGUGAAGUUUCCAAUGAGCCAUCUGAGGAAAGAAACCAUCAUCAAGCUGCUCUGGAGUACCAGCACCCUGUUGAAUGUCACCAAGGAGCAGUUACCACUGGUGAUGGAGGAGUACCUGAGUGAUGUGGAUGACCAUGACCAGAAGAUGCUACAAAAACAUGUGAUGGACCUAGCUGGGGAUGCUACCUUUGUGUACUCCACACUGCAGGCUGCCCGCUACCACCGCAAUGCUGGCUUCCCUGUCUAUCUGUAUGAGUUUGAGCACUACGCUCCUGGCACUAUCGUAAAACCCCGCACUGAUGGGGCAGACCACGGAGAUGAGAUCGGCUUCAUCUUUGGGAGUCCUUUCUCCAAAGGCCAUUCCUCAAGCAAGGAGAAGGCACUGAGCCUCCAGAUGAUGAAAUACUGGGCCAACUUUGCUCGCUCAGGAAACCCCAAUGGUGGGAAGCUGCCCUACUGGCCACGCUACAACAAGGAUGAGAAGUACCUGCAGCUGGAUUUAACCACAAGGGUGGGUGUGAUGCUCAGGGAGAAGAAGAUGGCCUUUUGGAAGAGGCUGCACCAGAAUUAAGGACCUGAAAAGCAAGGCAAUUCUGAGAGCGGCUCUGCAGGAGGGAGCCUUAGGGAUUGUCCCACCACGCAGGCUAGGAACACUAGCCGUGGACGUGUCUGGGACAAGCAUCCUGCCCUCCCCAGUCCAGGUCCUGCAGAGGGUCUAUAUUCCUUCCAUGACAGAGCCUUAGCCUGUUUGGGGCCCAGAAUCACCCUCUUCAGCCUGACAUCCCAUGAUGUCCAGCUAUCUCACUGACCAUUGGAUUAGUUCAGGCCCUUUCUGCCGGAUUCUGCCCAGCUACCCAGACUCAGAACAAACGCUUCUCUUCCUUCUCCAAAUCCUCCCAUCCAUCAAGGUCAACUUCAAGCCACUUCUUAUGGGAAGUCCACCCAGAUUGCCACUGCCCCACCAUUGCAAACAGUUUGCCGUUCGCCAUUCAUCCUGCUCAACCUUAUGCCUUUUCACAUUGGACUGAGGCCUUGGGCAGGUUAUAUGUUAUAAGGAGUGAUGCUUUGACAGCUGGGGAUAUUCUCCCCUUUCCAUACUGAUUUUUCCCAGGGUCCCUUCAAAGCCUGGCCACAGAGAGAGUCCUUAAUAAAGACACGUUGACUUGCCCUGAA